GAGGCGAGGGAAUCGUCCGGAAGUCCGGGAAGGCUCCCGGAGCAAAAGGCGGCUGGCUGACUUCCCGGGAGCGGACCAGCGUCCUGAGGAAGGCGGGCAGGCGCCUCCCGGGAGCACGGACCAGCGUGAGGGGCGGGCUCCUCCGGCGGAAGCUGUAUCCAGCAUGCUCCAAGGCUACAGCUCCGUGUCCCAGGCCUUGCUGGGGACCUUCUUCACCUGGGCGAUGACAGCAGCUGGAGCCGCUCUUGUCUUCAUAUUCUCCAGCGGGCAGAGGCGGAUCUUAGACGGAAGUCUGGGCUUUGCUGCAGGGGUCAUGUUGGCGGCUUCCUAUUGGUCUCUGCUGGCACCAGCGGUUGAGAUGGCCACAUCCUCAGGGGGCUUCGGUGCCUUCGCCUUCUUCCCAGUGGCUGUUGGCUUCACCCUGGGAGCUGCUUUUGUCUACCUGGCUGACCUCCUGAUGCCCCACUUGGGUGCUGCGGAAGACCCCCAGACGGCCCUGGCCCUGAACUUGGACCCUGCACUGAUGAAGAAGAAGUCUGAUCCCGAGGGCCCCACCACACUGCUCCUGCCCGAGAGCGAACUCUCCAUCCGGAUAGGUAGCACUGGGCUUCUUUCAGACAAGAGCGAGAAUGGCGAGGUAUACCAGAGGAAGAAGGUGGCAGCCGCUGGCCUCCCAGAGGGCACUGCUCCCUCAGGGCCUGUGCAAGGGAACCCAGGGCAGCCUGGGGUCAGCAGUUGGAGGAGGAUCGCUCUGCUCAUCCUGGCCAUCACCUUACAUAACGUUCCAGAGGGUCUCGCUGUCGGUGUAGGAUUUGGAGCCAUAGAGAAAACUGCAUCUGCCACCUUCGAGAGUGCCAGGAAUUUGGCCAUUGGAAUUGGGAUCCAGAAUUUCCCAGAGGGCCUGGCUGUCAGCCUCCCUCUGCGCGGAGCAGGCUUCUCUACCUGGAGAGCUUUCUGGUAUGGUCAGCUGAGCGGCAUGGUGGAGCCCUUGGCUGGGGUCUUUGGAGCCUUUGCUGUGGUACUGGCUGAGCCUGUCCUACCCUAUGCACUCGCCUUUGCUGCUGGUGCCAUGGUCUACGUGGUCAUGGACGACAUCAUCCCCGAAGCCCAGAUCAGUGGUAACGGGAAGCUGGCAUCCUGGGCCUCCAUCCUGGGGUUUGUGGUGAUGAUGUCCCUGGAUGUGGGCCUCGGCUAGCUCCAACAACCUUGGGAUCCCAGGAAGGAAAGUGCUGGGCUUCUGCAGGACCAUGAGCCUCUCUUCACAUUAAAAUCCCAUUCCUUUCUCUCCUCUCCAUAUCUUUACAAAUCGGUUCUGAUUGCACUUUGACUUUUCAUUUUGCUUUGGAGGGAGAAGCUGGUUUUCUUUGUAGUCUCAAGGCGUCAUAGAACUGUAGAUUUGUGUUUGGGCCACUGAGUGGAAGGAAUCUUUCUUCGGUGGGAUUAUCAAGGCCAAGCCUUACUGUCCCACAUCCAGUCUCCCUCACUAGACUCAACUCUAGCUCCUCAGGGUCACCUCCAGAAGUCAGCUCUUGGGACACAAGUCCUGAGCAUGUUGGCCUAGCGUCUCAGAGCAGGUGGUCAGAGACCCCUGUGCUCUUUCAGUUUGACCCUCCUGACUGCCCAGAAUGUUGGGACAGAAGCAUCAUGAACACAGAAGUCUGCUCUCCAAGGCUGAGGCAGCUCAGGCAGGGUCUGUUUCCUCCAGGGAGGCACGCAUGGGAGGGUCUCCACAAAAAGGGAAGGGUGUCAGCUUUCUCUUUUGUCCUAAGGCAAUUAGAGAAAUUUGGAAAUUAGGGUGACUGUGAACACACACAGUGUGCUCUGUGUAAAGCGCUGUGAGUGUGGUUUCGAGCAGAGGCCUCUGCUCUUGGUAGGGUCACAAGAACAUUGUACUUAGUCAUGGUUCCUAGAUCUUCCAGCUAUUAAUAUCUAUGUGUUUACAUCCAUUGUUUUCCUGAGAGACUUGUGGAUACUAGCAAAUUGCAAGUCCUCAACCCCCUUGUUUACUAAUGGAGUUACUUAAGUUAGCUCUAGUGAAUGAGUGACCUUUAGAGUCUGCUAGGGCUCUUCCUCUGCAGGCCCAGAUGCCCAGUAGGCUAUGUUGGAAUCUGACCAGAGGGCUUACAAUAAGAAAAAAAAGGGAUAGGAAGCUGGUAAUUUUACAUUUCCUUUCUUAGAAAACUUAAAAUUCUGAGAUGUCCCUGAAGAAUGACUGGCCCUAGGCUGUAUGCUAACCUGCUCCGCCAUCAGCUCUCCCAACACACCCGAGGCCUGAGCCCUCCCUGGUCAGAGGAGUGUGUGGGACUCAGAGUGGACCGUACCUGGGAGCCAGGCAUUCCGGUACUGGGUUAUCAGUGUCUGCCCUCUGUGUUUAUGUGGCCUGUCCCCUCCAAGGGUGAAUACUAUAGUCUGUGAAUGCUCAAGACCCCAGAGGCCAACCUCAGCUGGGCGUACGUCCGUUCUUCUGAAGCACUGGUGAUCAAAAUUAAAGACUCGUUCAGAGAUUUGAUUGGUUGAGGCUGGCUUGGUGAUUGUGUGUGUUUUAUUCUCAUGUCUCUGUGUGUAGUUCUGUUACUGCAAAUCGUCCUUUCUUCCGGAUAAGACCUUGUAACUGUGAUUAGUAUCAAUAAAGGGAAUUUUGUUGUGCA